AUGGAGAUAGUUUCACACCCAUCUAAGCAAAAUCAUUGUUUACUAGGAGAUUUCUACUACGGUUAUUUGAUACCGACAGUGAUUUGUGGAAGAUCACAAUCAUUCAAACGAGACAUAAGUGGCUUCAUCGCAAACUGGUGUGAAGAAAUACUAAAAGAAGAUAUAAAUAAAACAGUAAAAGAUUAUCCAGAUUUUGGAUUGGAGAAGCUAGGAGAAAGCUUCAGAGAUCAUAUGUUUUCAAAAUUACUGGUUCUGUCGCCAAAAGAAAACCUAGUGGACGCCUGGCAAGUACUUUGGGGAGUUUGGUCAGACGUUUUUAAAAACACAUCGGAGGAUAAAUCGGCAGAUUACACACUGGUGUUUAAAGCGUCGUGUAUAUUCUUGAUGCUUUAUUUGUAUUUCUCGCAAUCAGGAGCACACAAUUUGGCAAUUCCAUUGAGUUUAGGUAAGCUAAAAGGAUUUAAAUUGGAUUCAGAUACGUUUAAUAAGUGUUUGGAGAUAUCGCAUGAGGUGUUGAGAGAAUAUAAAAUAACCUCAGUGUUUAACGUUUUAAAUUACAUGGUCAAUCACAAGUGCUUUACAUUCUCGUUGUACGACGGUGUGCAGUAUUUAUACCAAGAUAAAUUUGGAAGACCACUAAAAAUAAAUAAAUAA